UAAAACGACCAUCGGCCUAUGACGACCGGUUUUUGACGGUCCCGAUUUUUUCUCCCAUAGGCCACAAGCAUUAAGGAUUUUGCCCAAGAAGACCACUUGUCUUCUGUGACCGCGACCACCCCAAGUUGGUCCGCAGGCGAUCACAACUUGCUUGAAACGACCGCGUCAUUUUCGGCUGGCCGCGCCGCCGAGCAGAUUCAAAAUGGCGCCCAAAGGUCAUGUCGGGUCAUAGGGACAGCCUACUUUUUUGUGGGGGGGAUGCUGCGUGUAUCGUACAUUUAUUCUGCUUUUAACCGUAUAAAGUACGAAAAUAUUCAUACUAGAAGUUGCUUCAAUAAAGUAAAAGGUAUAUAGAAAUGUGUGUGACUUCAUUUAUAUUUUUUAAUUAACGGUAAUUCUUCUUUUAAGAAGAUGAUUGCCCUCGAAGCUAGUGAAAUGUCCCAGAGAAGAAUUUUGUAAACAAAGAACAUUCCAGAAGAAUCGGUAAUUUGUUACAAAAAAAGCCGUAACUUCUCGGAAAACUGCAAUCGUUGGUUCAUGAUUAGCAGCUUCAGAGGAGGAUUGUUCGGAGAAUUCGGGUGUUGCUUCAACGAUUAAUACUCUCGGCGAGGUAACUUGAUUUUCGUUGCUGUUUUGGAACCCAAGCCAGGCGGAUCAAAGAAAAAUGGCGGACGGAUUCCAGACAAGUUUUUUGCUUGUCCUUUUAUCUUCGAUUUCCCAUUGUUCUAAAACCCAAGCCAAGCUCACGGGCGGCGGAAUAAAGAUGAUGGUGGUGUUGAGUGGUGGUUCGGUCGGCUCUUUAACUAGUGCUUUAAACUUCGACUUUGCCGAUUUUCCUUUGUGUUUGAAACCAAAGCCAAGCUCACCAGCGGGUGGAACAAAGAAAAUACCGACCGAGAAUUUUUUCAGACAACUUUCUACCGAGUUCUUUAAAAGAUGGUGAUCAGUUCAGCGUUCAGUUACUUCAGUACGAAAGCCAUGGCGAGCAAGCGGAAGGUUUCGGAGAAGAAAACGUUGACGUUGGGAGAGAAGUUAGAAGUAAUCCGGCGAUACGAGACUGGCGGGGUAGGAGCGCGUGGCCUUGCCAAGGACUUCGGCGUUGGCAAGACACAGAUCCAGAACAUUAUCAAGAGAAAGGCCGAGCACCGAGAGGACUACGAGAACAACGCUCCAGCCAGCAAGAGAAGGAACGUGCGGCAUACAGGUAACGAGGGCAUCAACAAGUUGUGUUAUGAAUCUUUCGACAUGAAGAGGCGCCUCGUUCCAAUCAGCGGGCCGAUGCUGCAAGAACAAGCCCUGAAGUUUGCGGAAGAACUGGGAGUGGAGGGCUUCAAGGCAUCUACCGGAUGGCUCGACAGCUUCAAGAAACGCCACGGUGUCGGGAACAGCACCAUUGUGGGAGAAAGUGCUGGUGUUGACGGCCAAGUGGUUGACAACUGGAAGGAGAAGAUUCCCAACAUCACGACCGGGUAUUCCCCAGAGAACAUCUACAACAUGGACGAGUCUGGCCUUUUCUACCGGACAACUUCUAACAAGACUUUGGCAGUGAAGGGUGAAAAGUGCAGCGGUGGAAAACAGGCCAAAGACCGACUGACUAUCGUCCUCUGUGCAAACAUGGCCGGGGGAAAAGAGAAACCCCUCAUCAUCGGCAAAUCGGCGAAGCCCAGGUGCUUCAAGAACGUGAAGCUGUCGACCCUCCCCGUGACUUACGCGAACAACUCCAAAGCGUGGAUGACGUCGGCCUUGUUCACCCAGUGGCUCAAGAAGUUUGACCAGAAGAUCGGGCGACAGAAUCGAAAGAUUCUGUUAUUCCUGGACAACGCGCCCAGCCACCCCGAUGUUUCGCUGAAAAACAUCGAACUCAAGUUUUUCCCACCAAACACGACAUCGAGACUGCAACUGGAUCAGGGGAUAAUCCAGACACUGAAACUGAAGUACAGGAAGCGUCAACUCAGGAGAAUCUUGCAGGAGCUACAAGACGACAAAGAGCCACCGGUUUGCAGGUCGCCAAGCGUUGACCAUCUUGGAGCCAUCCAGUUCGUGGGGUCCGCCUGGCAGGAGACUUCAGAGGACACCAUCCAGAAGUGUUUCAAGAAGGCCGGCUUCUGUGAAACAGCAGCCAGUGCUGACUCAGAGGGCCCAGAAGAGGACCAGACUACGACAGACCAUCCUGCAAUGGAGGAGCUCGCCCAGGAACUGUUUGGGUGCGGCUUCGGCGAGCCUGCUGCGAUCGACCAGGGAUCUCUCAACUUGUGACAACAACGUGAGGGACUGGGGGAAAGACGCACACACUCUGCUGGGGGGAGCUCGAGGAUGCCGACGUGGGGGGAGACGACUCGGGGGAUGAGGACGAGAGUGAGGGUGGAGCAGUCGACAGGAGGGAGUCCAAGGUGCCCAACCUGAACAGUCUUGUGAGUGUAAUGAGGGACAUUAAGCAGCUGUGUGCUGAGGAGGGACUUGGGGAUCUGUUGAACAUCUUUCAUGAGGCUGAUGACAUGUUGAGCAGUGUGUGGAGUGAGAGGCAGAUGGCUGCAAAACAGACCAAAAUCCACGAUUUCUUCAACUUCAAGGCAAAAUAGAUGAUGAAAUGAUUUGUGUAAACCACCUUUGUAUGAUGUAUGAUGACAUGACAAAAAUUGUUUCAGUUUGUGAAAUGAAGUUUGAUGACUUACUCUUUUUAUUGACUGUCAAGUUACUUACUGUAGUGUUAGAUGAUGAAAUGAUUUGUGUAAACCACAUUUGUAUGAUGUAUGAUGACAUGACAAAUGUUUCAGUUUGUGAAAUGAAGUUUGAUGACUUACUUGCUCUGUUUUUAUUGACUGUCAAGUUACUUACUGUAGUGUUAGUUUUCUACUUUUUACAUCUGGUAUCUUACUUUAUACUUAAUAUGAAGUGCAUGUAUGUAAUGAUUGCAAUGUUAAAAUAGUUUUUGUAAUGGAUCUGCAAUGGUGACAAGUACAUAUGUAAAUAAAGACAUGAACUUCAACAUCAGUGUCUUUGUCUUGUGUGACCCGGGCUCCUUUUUGGAUAAGAAGACCACUUGUCUAAGAA